AUGAGUCUGUCCAAAAGUGGACUUCAUGUUUAUGUUGAUCAAAAUGAUGGAAAUUCAUCAAGUGGUAAUGAAGAUGGUGAUGGGAAUUUAGUUAUGAAUAUACCUGAAAAUCAAGGUUUAUUACCACCAUUACCAGAUAUUGAUGAAAUUGCAGUUAAUAAUCAAAAUAAUAAUCAAAAUAAUGGUAAUAGUGCAAUUGUUUAUGAUGAUAAUAAUAGUUCAUUCCAUUCUAGAACUCAAUCAUUAGAACAAGUUUUAACUCCUUCUUCAUUACAAAGAUCUAGAACCAGUUCAAAUAAAGUUACAACACCAACUGGUAUGAUGACACCAAAAACUGAAUUAAAUUCUUCACAAUUUGAAAUUCAAACUCCAACUACUCAAACUAUAUCAAAAUUUGAUAUCAAUACAGUUACACCAGUACGAGAAAAACAAUUAAUUGAACAAGAUCAAUUAGAAAAUCAAACUUUAGAAUGUUCACCAACUAUAACAAUUGAUGAAAGAUUUGAUGUUAGUGUUGAUAUUCCAAAUGAAGAUAAAUUACCCAAGACAACAGAAGAUAAGAUUAAAUUUUUCCAAUUAUUUCAAAAAAGAGAACAAGAAGAAUUUGAUAAAACUUUAUCAAGUUUGAAAAAAGGUGGUUGGGUUAGUUCACAAGAUUUAUCAUCAUUAGAAAAUAAAAAACGUAAUCAUUAUAAAAAAUGGGGAAUUAAAAUUAAUGAAUUGAAAAAUACAUUAAAAUUAAAACAAAAUCAAAAACAUUAUGAAAAUCAUCCUGAAAUUAAUGGAUAUUUUAGUCCCAAAGAUAUUAAAGAAUCUGAUUCUUUCAAUUUUGAUGGUGGAAAAUCACCAAAUUUACAAACUUUAGAACAAAAAUUCUCUGUAUUAGGUAUAACUAGAUGA